UCUCUCAGUUCUCAACGUUCACUGCGAACGAACGGGCGUGUGGCGCGGCGAAAGAAAAAGAAAGUCCUGACAUAGAAAUCUAAAGCCGCUAAAGCAAACAAAGUCAACGUGUUCGAUUUGAGUCAACAAAUCGUGAAAGCUUACAGAGUCCUGUCACAUAAUGAAGCGAAUUUCGUUGCUGCUGCUGUUGCCGCACCUGCUGUCGGUUCAAGCGCAAAGCCAACUGAGCUACGAGCAGGCACGUCAGGCAGUGCUCACGGCGGAGGAGGAGCUCAUGACUGGCGGCCACACAUACCUCAGCACGCAGGAGGCCAAGGCGGAUGACAGCUUCAUGCAGUACAAGCUGGGGGAGCUGGCGCAGGGUUUCCGCAAUGCCGAACAGAAUGCCGCUGCCAUGCACUUCUUCAAGGCCAAGCCGCUGAUCGAUCGCAGCGGCGUCUUCCGCUUUCUGCAGAAGAUGCCCAAGGGCGCGGUGCUCCACCUGCACAACUCUGCCUCGGUCAGCUCCAAGUGGGUGGUGAAGAACAUGUCCUACAUGCCCGGGAUGCUGCGCUGCACCACGAGCACGGGUCGCAGUGUGCUCACCUUUCGACGCACACCCAAGGAGCACGAGUGCCAGUCGGGGUACGUGCGCGUGGCCGAUGAGCGGCGAAGUUCCAUUGAUCCGCUGGUCUACGAUCAGAAUUUUGAGCGUCUCAUCAAUCUGUAUACCCCCGUGCCAGAGCUGGAGUAUCCAACGAUCACCAAGGUCUGGGAUCGCUUUCAGAACAUGUUCAGAACUUUUGGGGAUGCCAUUAAUUAUUUGCCAGCCUUUCGCGCCUACCACUGGCAAAUGCUCGAGGAGCUGUACAACGAUAAUGUGAUGUACGCGGAGAUUCGCAGCAGCUUUACGCCGCAGCUUUACGAUGCCAGUGGAAGGACCUUCUCGCGGGAGCGCACCAUUCAAGAGUUUUAUGCACUAAAUGAGAAAUUUGUGCGCCUUCAUCCGGACUUUCUGGGCAUCAAACUCAUCUACGCCGUCUAUCGUGGCCAUGACGUGGAUAAAAUUGGCGAGCUUGUUGAGGAUUUUCGGCAACUGCAUAAAGCCUUUCCCAACUUUGUUGUGGGCUUCGAUCUGGUGGGACAGGAGGACAAGGGCAAGCCGCUGUAUGCGCUGUUGCCUGCCCUGAAGGAUCUGCCACCCACAGCGCACUUUUUUCUGCACGCAGGCGAGACGAAUUGGUUUGGCGCCUCCACGGACAUCAAUCUGCUCGAUGCGCUGCUGCUCAACAGCACCCGCAUCGGACAUGGCUAUGCGCUGGCCAAGCACCCGAUACUCCUCAAUGCGGUGAAGACUCGCCAGAUAGCCAUCGAAGUGAGUCCCAUCUCGAAUCAGGUGCUGCACUUGCUGUGGGACAUGCGCAACCAUCCGGCUGCCCAGUACCUGGCGCUGGAUGUGCCGCUGGUCAUCUGCAACGAUGAUCCGGGCUUCUGGAAUGCCAAGGCUUUGAGCUACGAUUUUUACUAUGCCAUCAUGAGUCUGGCACCCAACAACGCUGGACUGCGUGUGCUGAAGACUCUGGUGUGGAAUUCGGUGCGUUACUCGCUGCUCACGGAGGAGGAACAGAAGAGAGCCUAUCAAAUCCUAGAGCUGACUUGGUCGCGUUUCAUAGACAAAGUGCUGCAGGGCAGCGUUUUCUAAUGGCAGAACUAUUUUUGCAUUAAAACUUC